AUGGGGUCUAGGCGCAGGGUUUCUGUAGAUUUUUAUACUGGUCAAGCAGUAAGUUCUAUGCAGCAGACGGUUGAAACACUACAUCAGCUUUGGGAUGACGUUUCGAUGGAAGAUCAUCAACGAUUGGAUAGAGUCGACGGCUUUUAUAAAAUUAUAAAACAGUUGAUGGAUGACGUAGUUGAUUCUGAAAGGAAGAUGGUGGAGUCCGUACAUUCAAGUAUCAGUCAGUGGUUAGAAGAUGUUGGAGAAAUACGGAAGUGUUUAUUGAUGCCUGUUUUUGAUUGUUCUGGUUUUCAGAAGGGGUCAAUCGCUUUAUUUAAAGCUUUGGAAAAGGAAAGAACUCGGCUGAUUUCUUUGAAGGAGGAUCGGCUUAAUGGCCAGAUUCACAUGGUUGACGAGUUAUUAACAGUUGCCUCAAGAAUUGGUGAAGAAGUUGAAGAUCUUAGCGAUAGUGACAAAAAUGAGCUUUGGGAUCGUGAGAGGAUGGAGUUUUGGCAACACAAGCUCGAACAGUACUGUCAGGUUUUAAAUGAGAGGUUAGAUCAAGCACGUCAAUGGAAAGCGGAUAUGCGAAGGUGGGCUGGACAGAUCCAUAAAACCCCAACUUCGGAACUGGAGUCGGCUUUCUUCACGGUGGAUCUUGAGGACCCCGAAAGAGUUUUUGACAACACUUUCAUGGAAGAGUUUCGUGAGGCACAUAAAAUGGCAAAAGAUAGUUACGAUGAGUGGAUUGAACAGGCUGAUUUUGAUUAUACAGAAUCUGUCAUGAAACUCACUGAAUUGUGGAACUUAUGUCAUGUGCCAGAGAGUGAUCGCAGAUUUGCUGUCAAGUUUAAUCCUAAUGUGCAUACUGCUGCCGACAUACAAAACAUCAAGGCUGAGGUUGAAAAACUAACUCGUUUUCAUGAGGAGCGAGCAGCUGUGUAUAAUAAAUUGAAGGAGUGGAAAGAACUGUGGGCGGAGAAAGUUGGAUAUGAAAACCAUGCAAACGAAAAGUCGUAUUACCAGAACAGAGGUGGUCAGUUACAGACUUUGUUACAGCGUCAAAAGUAUAUAGAAAAUCAAUUGCCAAUCAUUCUCAAAGAUUUAAAAAAAGAGAAUGAUUUGUACAAGGAAAAGCAUGUCGACUCACCAAUUCUAUUAGAUGGCCUAGAACCUCCCGAAUAUGUGCAGUUGAUAGUAAAGGACUACAAGGAGCAAAAGGAGGCUGAGCGUGAUAGAAAGAAAAGGGGAGCUGCCUAUGGGACACCCGAAGUAAGAAUGACACCUAAAAAAAGAGCAGCAACUCCAGCAUUUGUUACACCAGGAGCGGUUUCGAAAAUGCCUAGAUUUCAGUCUUGCCCGAAGAUAAAAACUCCUCUUAGAAGUGUGCAAGCAAGGGGAAUUAAUACGCUAAGAAAUCGUGAUUUUUCCAUUUAUGGUAGUACAACGAGUUUGCAGUCAGCAAUAGCCCCUACUCGACCACUAACAGUAAUAUUUAAAACCGUGUUCGGAAGACAUUUCGAGCUUUCUUAA